UCCAUCAUGUCUUCACUAACAGAAAAAGACAGACCUAUUGUUCAGCUGUUAUUGAACACGGGCACUUGCCCGCGAUGUAUUUUCAGGUUCUGCUGCGUGGGAUCACAGGCACCUUAUAAACGUCCAUACAAGGAUUUGAUGAAGGAGUUGAAGGAAUUUCUGAAAAAACAUCCAGAAAAAGAUGGUACAGUCUGUUUUGAAGUAGCUGAUCCACCCUGUAAGAGAAUCAGGCUUGAAAACCUGGAAGAGGGGCCUGAUGAUCUGAACCAGAAUGGAGUGGUCAAGCAGAUUCCUUUGGUUAAUGAAGAUAAUACUGCUUUGGAGAGCUCACCAGUGAAGGUUUGCAGUGUGUGUUUGGGGAUUCUUCAGGAGUUCUGCGAGGUGGACUUUGUUAAAAAGGUGUGUCAAAAGGUUAAAUCUGCUGACUACCAGUUUACUAGUUUUGUGCUUUCGGUAUCCCUGCCCCCACAGCUGUCUGUUAGAGAGUGUGCUGCUUGGAUGCUAGUAAAACGGGAAAUCGGAAAACUGGGCCUUUCCUUGGCAAAGGAUGACAUUGUUCAGCUGAAGGAAGCUUAUAAGUGGAUUAUUCAUCCCCAGUUGUCGGAAGAGUUGGGUGUUCCCGCUGAUGGAAAGAGUUUGUUUGAAGUUAGCGUGGUCUUUGCUCAUCCAGAAACAGAUGAGGAGUGCCAUUUUCUAGCCAGAGCCUGUCCAGAUUGUUUCAAACCAGCGAAGAACAAGCAGUCUGUUUUCACUAGAAUGGCAGUUAUAAAAGCCCUGGAGAAGAUAAAGGAGGAGGAUUUUUGCAAGCAUUUUUCAUGUCCCCCAAGUUCACCAAAGAACUAUUGUGUUGCUCUGGAAAUUCAGUGCAGUAAUGGUGCAGUUUUUGUGGCUGGAAGAUACAAUAAAUACUCAAGGAAUUUACCACAAACCCCCUGGAUUAUUGAUGGGGAGCGGAAGCUGGAAUCUUCGGUAGAAGAACUGAUUUCACAGCAUCUAAUGGCAGAAUUCAAAGCAGACAGUUUUAAUUUUACUUCCUCUGGAAGAGAAGAUGUAGAUGUAAGAACACUAGGCAAUGGAAGGCCCUUUGCAAUUGAGCUUGUGAAUCCUCGUAGAAUACAUUUCACUGCUGAGGAAAUGAAAGGACUUCAGCAGACAAUUAAUAACUCUUCAGACAAAAUACAGGUUCGAGAUUUACAGCUUGUCACCAGAGAGGCAAUUGGACAUAUGAAGGAAGGUGAAGAGGAAAAGACAAAGACCUAUAGUGCCUUAGUAUGGACAGACAAAGCAAUACAGAAAGAAGAUAUUGUAUUUCUAGAUCAUCUGAAGGAAUUAAAACUUGACCAGAAAACACCGCUGCGGGUGCUUCACAGAAGGCCUCUGGCUGUCAGGCAGCGGAUCAUUCACACUAUGGAAUCUGAGUACAUAGAUGAGCAUCAUUUUCGCCUGCAUCUGAAAACUCAAGCAGGAACCUACAUUAAAGAAUUUGUACACGGAGAUUUUGGAAGAACAAAGCCAAAUAUUGGCUCGUUACUGAAUCGAACUGCUGACAUUCUGGAGUUGGACGUAGAAUCUGUUGAUGUUGACUGGCCUCCAGCCCUGGAUAACUAGCUUUUCAAGUUGGGACAAGGAAGAGCAGCUCCCGUGUCAGCAGCUGGUUACUGACAGAACAUUGUGCAGUUUUGCAGCUUGGUUGCUCAUUGCAGAGUCUUUGUGCUGAACAUUUGGAUCAUGUUGAUCUGCCAAAAGGUGACGUUGCUUUGAAUUGACUUUCAGCACUCUGGAACAGGUAGUGUUGGUUUGUUUAAUCUCUAGCCUUAUUUUAGUUUCUGUCUUUCAUA